ACACUUUCGACCGAGUCGUAGGGCGAUUGAGGUUGGCCGUUGGUUUCUUCUAGUUCGUCCCUCGCCCGGCUCUUCUGUUUUUUUUUAGACUUUUACUUUUUUUCACUUUCUUCUACCCGACGAGGAGGAUCGUCAAGUCUUCUUUGUGUGGAUAAAAUAAAAAACAGCGGCUUAACCGACGGACGGGGCUUGUAAGCAUCACGAAUGGGACGCUACGGAAGAUCUCGCUCCAGGUCGAGGGACAGGAGAAGGUCAAGGUCGCGUGACAGGUACAGGUCAAGGUCGAGGUCACGUGACAGGAGGAGGGGUGGUGGUGGGAGAGGACGAGGCGGUGGAGGUGCGGGCGCGGGGCUCAGAAAGCCCCACUGGGACAUGUCAAGACUAGAACCGUUCACAAAGAACUUCUACACACCGCAUCCAACGGUCGACGGAAGAUCGAAAAGUGAAGUUGAGGAGUACCUUGAGGAAAAGGACAUAACGAUAAAAGGUCGUGACGUGCCGAAGCCAGUCUGGUCGUUCGACGAGGCCAAUUUUCCUGAAAUGGUGUUGAAAACCAUCAAAAAACUAGGUUUUAAAGAACCGACUGCCAUACAGGCCCAGGGAUGGCCGAUUGCUCUUAGUGGGAGGGACAUGGUCGGUAUCGCAUCCACUGGCUCUGGAAAAACUUUAUCAUACAUUUUACCUGCGCUCGUUCAUAUUGAGGCGCAAGAGCCUUUAAGGAGGGGUGAAGGCCCAAUCGCCCUUGUCCUUGCACCGACCCGAGAGCUUGCCCAGCAAAUACUUCAGGUCGCCAACGAAGUAGGGGAGGACAUAUCAAACAUCGCUGUCUUUGGUGGUGCGCCAAAAUCCAUUCAGGCCAGGGAGUUAAAACGUGGCGUCGAGAUUGUCAUCGCGACCCCAGGCAGGCUGCUAGACUUCCUGGAAAGCCGUGAGGUUGAUUUGAAAAGGUGCACCUACCUGGUGCUCGAUGAAGCAGACCGAAUGCUCGAUAUGGGUUUUGAACCUCAAAUAAGAAAAAUUGUCGAGCAGAUAAGACCUGACAGGCAAGUGUUAAUGUGGUCAGCGACGUGGCCUAAAGAAGUGCAAAAUCUCGCCGAGGAAUUCCUUAAAAAUUAUAUACAGGUGAACGUUGGAUCACUUCAGCUAUCGGCAAACCACAACAUACUCCAGAUUGUCGAUGUAUGUUACGAAAACGAAAAGGAACAAAAAUUGACAACCCUCUUGAAAGAAAUAAUGUCAGAGAAAGAAAAUAAGACCAUUGUCUUCAUUGAAACUAAAAAAAGAGUUGAAGAAAUCACUAGACGUAUUCUUAGAGAAGGGUAUAAUGCUGUUUGCAUACAUGGUGAUAAAAAACAGAGUGAACGAGAAUAUGUUUUAAAAGAUUUUAAAAAUGGAAGGAGUCCGAUCCUGGUUGCGACAGAUGUUGCUGCAAGAGGUUUAGAUGUCGAGGACGUAAAGUUCGUCAUCAACUUCGACUUUCCAAACAACUCUGAGGACUAUGUGCACAGGAUCGGCCGUACAGGGAGGUCGAAGCGCAAAGGAACAGCGUACACAUUCUUCACGAGGAAUAAUUCGAAGCAGGCCGAUGACCUCAUUUCGGUGCUCAAGGAGGCCAACCAGGUCAUCAGCCCGAGGCUUGAAGACCUAGCCGACUCGUACAGAGCCCUAGUCGCAAAACGAAGAACGGGAAUUAGGAAUAGAGGAGGCAGGCGUUCGAGGAGCAGGUCUAAAGAAAGGAGAUGGUCAGGGGAAAAGAGGAGAUCUAGGUCAAGAGAGAGGAGGCGAAGAUCCCAUUCCAGGUCGAGAACUCCGGACUACAGGCGAAGGGAGAAAUUGCACGACAGCAAAACCAGGAGGAACAGAACGCAUUCCAGGUCGGUAGACCGUGUAUCCGACGAUGACCAGUGCAAUGGCAGAUCGAGGGAUAAGCACAGGCACCACCAUCACCACCACCACCAUUUGGAAGACAGGAAGCGUAGGAAGUCUCGUUCAUCGUCGUACAGCUCUCGCAGUGAGGGUGAGUACAGCUCGGAUGACAAGCUCCCAAGGAGCUACAAAACAGCGGCAAAACGGUAUAGGGAAAAAUCCGAUUCUGCAAAGCCUGAGGAGAGAAAGCUGAAUGGCAAGGACAAGGAAAGGAGUGUGUCCAGGAGCCCGCAGAGGUCCAGGAGUUCACGCAGCAAAUCGAGCAGCAGGAGCAAAGAAAGGGCCAGGUACAAGACAAGCAGCUCAGACCGGAGCCGAAGUCGAAGCAGGAGUCAAAAAUCUGCUAAAAAUGGUUACAAUGGUAAAGCCUCGCCCAUAAUCUCCCCUUAGAACUUAUAAAUAAUAAUCAAACUUUGUAAAUAAACUAUUAUUUAUUAGAAAAAACAAAGACAAAUUAAAACAGAAAAAAUUGUAUUUCAUUUUAUUUUCAAUAUAACAGACAAAUUUGUUACAAACUAGGAAAAAGGGGAAGUCUCGAAACUGCAUGUCUUCAAUUAUAAAAAAAAAAAGGAUUGAUUUUAUAAAAAAUAUAAAUAAAUAAUUACUUUUUACUUGAAUAUUUUGUCUGGAGUAGCUUGAGCUCGUCGCACACUUCGCCAAGAUGGCUGUCAAUCAAGUCGAUGUCCCACUGGAUUUGAUUUUUGGCACGGUACGUAGGCAGUAUUCGAAUAUGCUUGUCCAUCGCUGGCAGGUCGAUGGGAGUGGGACGUCGUCCAGCAUAGUCUGAAAAAAAUAUCUUUAUAUAAAAUCAAGCAAAACGAUAGAAGGGUGAAAAUUAAGGUAUAAUUUUAUUAUGCUAAAUCAUGUGUCACUCUUUGAUUUUGAUUCUCUUCUCCCAACUCUUCCAACUGGAAAUAAAACUGUGUGUGUGUGUGUGUAUAUAUAGUGAUGUAUUGUUUGUAUAAUCCACAUAGAAAAAAUGUAUAUUUUGGGUUUUUUAAACAGUUGUUCAGGCUGAGAAAAAAAACCCAAAUCAUUCUGUUUGAAUUUUUUUUUUUAGUCGAGACUUCCCUUUGGCCGGAUCUGAAACAAAUUUGUCAAUUUCCUUUUUUUUACUUUCUUGAAUGAAUUGUACAUUUAUUUGCAACAACUUUCAAACGAAAUCCAUGCUGUGUAAUGUACUCUCAUGCAAUAAAGCUUUCAUUAUUAGAACAACAAAUGUUUUUAUACAUAUAUACAAAAAAAUAUAAACGCUAAACCAUUUCAAUUUUCCACAAGAUGCAAAAACUGCAAUGUUAUUCGUUGAGGCGCAACACAUUGCAAUGUAGAAUUACGUUGGAAAAUAACCUUACCAAUUUGUAACUUGUUUGCAGCAAGUUAGGUUACAACAGGACACAAGCAUUCUCAGACUGCUGGACAGGUACUAAACUGUCUCAUUUUGUGUACACUUUUAAUUUUAGGUUAGUUAUUUGGUUUUUUAUACCACAAAGACGCAGAAUGAAAGAUUUGGUUAAAUUGUAGGUGCGUAUAUAAGAUUUGUGCCUUGCUGAUUCGUAAAACUACGGCAGCACUGAUGAAAAAGCUGUCUGUCGUUUAAAAUGUUUAAAAAAAUAUGAGAUUUUACCUAACGUACUAUAGGUCUGGGUGAUUUAAAUGCUUCGCCUACAUAAAACAGACACUGAAGAUGGUGAAAUGGCACAACUUCUGACACCAACCAGUGAGAGCAGACCACUUUGAUCGGUGAAUAUCAAAUUAAAAAUCUGCUCGUUCGAUAUAUAUUUGUACAAUUUUAUUCCAUAAAUUCAGAGUUUUCUAAUCAAUAAAUAAUAAAACUUGUAAGCUGAUUAGGUUAGAAAAUAACCUUCCCAACAGAUAAUAGUAACUGCUCAUUGCUGGGGUAAAGAACAGGUAUACAAUAGAGAAUCUUAAUACAAAUUAUGUUUGGCCUAAUUUGUAAAAUAUUUAUAGGGUUUAGUAUAGUUUGUUUUAUAUUUGGUGUAUUUUACAGCACUACCACUGAAUUAACCAAAAUUCUAAGUGUAAAGGAUCUUAAAAAGCCAUAUGCAUAUGUCAGGUUAUGGCAAUCUGUCAAAAAAAAGCAAGUUUUGGUCUUAAAAAUAUUUUUAAAUAAAAACAAGAUGUUGGAUAUGAAAUCUCUUGAACUAUUACAUCUGAGCUAAGAUCUAAUUUAAUACUAUCAUAACGCUGUCCUUACCCUUUCCACAUGCCUGAUCCACAAGCCUUACAAACCAACUGACAUGUCCUCAUAUGCCUACAAGAAAUCCUAUCCACAACCAACGUUAUUCCUGGCCACCAACUUGGCUUCCAUUACCACUUUAAAUUCUACCAAAGGUUAUUUGCUAAAUCCCUCGAGUGUAAGCAGUUUGGUCUUUCUAGACAGCUCUCAGAUUUUUGAUUGUGUCUAGCAUCAGGGUAUACAGUUGAAACUCAAAUCCAUCCUUUCUAAUACAUAGUAUCUCAUCCUAAAAUAAUAUUGUUUCUUCAAUUCGAUCCAUUUUAUCCUCUCUGGUCCCAAGGGAGUAUUGUUGGUUUACUUUUUAGCAUAGACUUGGCAGAUUUCCCUCAAGUCAAUCAUACUUACCCUUACCUUUGCUGACAAUCCAACAAAUCUCAAUCCCUCCAAAGCCACCAUGGUUCCUUAAAUGGAGAAUAAAAAUAAAUGAAAAAUAAUUCCCUAUGUAUGUCCUUUAUCCUGAAACGCAAUAUAUCAUUCGAAUUUCACUUCCUGCAGUACAUGGCGUCAAAUCCUUCAUACACAAUUUAAAAUGGCAGAACUGAACCGCUGCUACAAGACAACUAAAAACAGCUUGAAAACAAAACUAUUCACCACAAAAAAUACUUUUCAUUGAACAGCUUAUAUAUAUAUACAGACCUACAGACAGAAACUGUUCAGGGCGGCUAAAAAAUCAAACUUUCGUAGGAAUACAGCCAAAAAUUCCUCCACAUGAUCACCAAACCUUUCUUUGUUAAUAACAAUACUCCACCCAAACCUCCAAAUUCCUUCUAUUACUGACCUAACCAAAUGUGGAUACUUCAAAUUAUCUCUUCACCUGACCUAUCAACUCAACCUCCCUACGAACCUAGGAGGUUCGGGAAUCACUGACCUCAUGACCAACUGUGCACAUAAAGUCGUCCAUAUGGUUCAUGUCAUGCAGUCAAGCAUUGGUCGUCAAUGGGUCACAUUCAUUUUUUUAAGUUUUUAAUUACACACUUCAUUUUUGUUGAAGUAGGUAUAUAGCUUCAAUAUUCAACAUACGAUAUUUACCAUGCUAUAUAAUGUUUAUGUACUUUGUUUUGUAUAAAUUUCUUUUGUUGUUAAUUACACUAUUAUUAUUGAACAUUUUAAUAAAAAUGUAAGGACAGGUUUUUUGUAAAGUGGAAUACGUGCUUUUUUCGCCUGUAAAUAAUAAAAUCAACGGGAACAAACACUAGAUCGUAUUCUAAGCGUUGUAAGCUUUUUAAUCAAACUAUCAUACUACUGCAAUUUAUUUUAUUUUUCUAAAGAAUUCCAAACUAAAAGAACUCGUAACAAUAAUGUAUCUUUAAAAGAGAAAAGCCUUAGGAGAGAAGAAAGCUUUAAACUAAAUCCAACAAACAUCCCCCAUGCUUAUAUUUACCAAUCGGUCAUUUUUUUAAAUUCUCUCUUCCUUAGUAAUAAUUUUCCUUUAUCAUUUUACCUGUAUUUUCGUCUUUCUUAAAGAAAAAGCAAUAAAAUAAUAAAUAAAAAACUACCCUAAGAAAAACCGGCAAAAAUGUAAACACUAAACAUUAAACAAUAUUGUUUGGGCGGAGGUUAUGCGACGGUUAUACAUUCAGAAGUCAGAAACGAUACCGCUUUACGUUCAAACAGAAAGGAGGAUGAAGGAGCCGAGGAGGACCCAAGUCUUAAGGAAGGAGGGAAAGCCACGGAAUCGUCUGAAGACAAGCCCCAAAAAAAUAAAAAGCUCAGAUGGUUCCUCAGAUUGUUCGGUAUUAUGAGAAAGGACAGACCGCACAGAUUGUCAUCCUUAUUUAAGAAGAAAGAGACGUGCGCCGGAGAAGUGUCCAACAAGGAAGUGGGCAAUGAAUAAAUCCGUCACAGCUUUUAAACUAAAAUAAAACAGUGGAAUAUAAAAAA